CACAUCUGCCGCAGCACAUACCCCACUAUUGGCAAGGGAGGCCACAACCACGUGCAACCAAGAGUUCAAGUAUAAAAACAUAAAUAAUAGAGCCAAAACAGAACACACGCAGGCCAAACAGAUCUGACCAAAUCCCACCCGGACCCACACAAGACCGAGUUCAAGAUGGGACGCACCGAGCGCCACCGCCAACGCCGUGGUCAGUCGUUGACCUCCAUUGAAUCGUCAUCAGCAAUUAACCAAUCUUUCCACGCACUCUGCGUGAAAUUGAAUGAGCAGGGAUGGCUUAAUCAAACGCAGCUUUCUGCCCGUAUAUAUGAUUCAACCGGACGGGGGCUCUGUUCCAAGCGCCGAUCAUUUCACGCAGGCGAUGAGUUGAUACGGCUGCCCGUCCAAAGCCUAAUUAGCAUAGCCACUCUACAGACAGAUGAACAAUUUAAGCGAUUAUUUGACAAAGAGCUCUUCGACAAGGAUUCGCGCGUGUCAUUUCAGAGCCUUAUGGCCUGUUAUCUAAUGUAUCACACACACUUAAAUGAAUCAACGUCAUCGGGAUGCUCGGACUUAAGUGCCUAUGGAAAAACACUUCCUCGGACCUAUUCGACGCCAUAUUUCUGUUCCAUGGCAGAAUUGCAAUGUUUGCCAGAAGCCUUACUGGAACGAACUGUGGCCCAGAAUCGCCAAAUACGCGAUGACUAUCAAACACUGAAGGCGCUGGUGGGAGCUACGUCCUGCGACUGCUGUGAGCAGACAUAUUGCCAGGACAUUUGGACUUUAAAGGACUUUCGUCUUGCCUAUUUUGCUGUCAACUCGCGCAGUGUUCACGUUAAUGCCCGCCAGCUUAUGCUGCAAAUGAAACUGAAGUCCGAGCACAAUCACUUUCGGGAUCUAAUAAAGGGAGACACGAAUUUGGCUUUGGCUCCAUUUCUAGACCUCUUCAAUCACUGUGAUGCAGUAAAGACAUCAGCAAGGUUAGAAGGCAAGGAAUAUUGUAUAACUCUUGACGAAGCACCAGGAGGCAUUGAUCCUUAUAGUCAAAUAUUUAUUAGCUAUGGAGCUCUGCCAAAUCUUAAAUUACUGACAGAGUAUGGAUUCUGGUUAGAACGGAAUUCCCAUGAUUACUUUGAAUUUAAAUUGUUGGAUAUAGAGCAAUUGAUACGCUAUUCAAAAUCACUUUGUUCACAGAGCUAUCAUAGAAAUAUCUUCAAAUUUAUACGCGAACACAAUUUGGACGAUCAAAUGUUUGUCCAUCUUGAUGACGGGUGCUCUCACAAUCUUCGGGUGGUAUUGCAUAUUAUCUUUCACCAAGAUUCUUAUUUUCCAAAUGUUCUAAAUCAGAUUGCCUUUGGCGAUGCCAAUCAGUUUGAUAAUGUUCAGCCGGAAUUAGAUUAUUUGGUGUCUAACAAAAUGAAGGAAUAUCAGGAAUUUGCGACAGCGCUGGAAAGAUUGCCACAGCUUACGGAAAGUGGAACUGUGGCUCGCACAUACUUAUUGGAGUGUGUGCGAUACCUUGGCGACUUUAAGGCGAAACACUGUCCCCCAAUAGAAUAAGAUUAGCUUAGAGAUAAACUCGAUUAGAAAUAUGUUUAGUUUUUCUAAUAUGUAA